AUGACGCAUCUAGUUCGUCGCGCAUUAGUACUUCUCACAGCUCUACAAAUUCAGCCCUUUUGUUCCGAUGCCGGUAUCGGUGUAUCAGGAACUGGUGCCCCGGAUAGUGCUCUUGUCUUCAUAUUUUCUAUGGGUGGCGUCAGCCGCGAUCCAGUUAACUCUGGCCCCUAUCAGUUGAAGAUCUAUCCGGUCGUGCUAGCUAAGCCAAAGAAGGCACUUAUUUUGAGGCCACCGAAGUUUACUACGCCACGUUUGGCGGCACCCUCGUCUUUGCUACUGGUGUUUAUCAAGGAUUUCUCCGCUUUUCGCCUUUCUGUACUCGAUACGCUCGGAUGUGCUUCAUUCGGCGUCUGGGACGUAGGCCUACCAUGCAGCGCUCUGUAUUCCAAUAUUCAAUGGGCCUUGGAGAAAAGUGGAGUCUGGUUUUCGUACUUGCGCCGCAAAUUUGAGAUGGAGGAGCAUGUACAGUGGAUCGAGGACAAUAUUAAAGAAUUUUCUUGCCAUUCUUCGCCCACCGGAUAUUUAUUCUGUGCAUCCGGGGUAACGAGAGAGACUUAUUCGCUCCACGCUAUUGUAAUUUGUACGAUAUCGUCACCAUCCGAGGUAUUCGCGCUAGUCAAGUACCACUGGUAUUUUCGCUACGAUUAUCUUCCAUUAUCAGUGAAACUGAAGAAUCGAGAUCGCAAGGAUUGCAAGUCCUUCCAGAAUUGGGUACCAUAUGCAAUUGCUAUAGGAGCGUACCUAGAUGAUAAUCGGCGCGAUGAAAUUGAGCUCGUUACUGAGGAUGAAGACCGGCUGAGGAAACGACCUAAAAAGCUGGAUAUGGAUAUGCUCAGCCAGCUGAUCUUACCACGAUCAUCACGUCGUCGGCUCGUCUUUCACAAUUCUCUCCCGAGCAACUCUGCAACGAGUCCUUGCCUGCCACUGAAACAGUACCAAGACAAAGUUACUCCGUCAGAGGCACUGGUUUGCGAUGUUGAUGGCGUCCGCGCUCCGACAGCUUGUGCGAGCGCGUCCCUAGCUCAGGCUGCUGAUCAAAUUUGUGUUUCUGUCUCAAUCUCACUCGCCGAAAUGCGCCAAAGUCUCGUUCUUAAGGUUUGUCGUCUAGCGGCUAGGGACCACGCCCCAGUGCCACCCGAUCAGGUCGAGCGCUUCCGUACACCGCGAGCACAGACCAUAAGUCUCCUGUAUCCUUCUUUGUGA